UCUUCCCGCGCUUGAACGGCUUGAACGCGUCAAGGAGACGUCAUCUUUGGCCCCGGAAGCGGAAGUUCUUUCCUUUCUUGUUUCUGCUUCGUAUAGAGACACACAGCGACGAUGGCUCCUCGUAAAGGGAAGGAAAAGAAGGAGGAGCAGGUGAUCAGUCUGGGUCCUCAGGUAGCUGAAGGAGAGAACGUGUUCGGAGUCUGCCACAUCUUCGCCUCCUUCAACGACACCUUCGUCCACGUCACUGACCUCUCCGGAAAGGAGACGAUCUGCCGCGUGACCGGCGGCAUGAAGGUGAAGGCCGACAGAGACGAGUCGUCACCGUGCGAGGGCGUGGCUCAGGUACGCACAAAGACACACACACAUCACACACUGCACAUCAAGCUGAGGGCUACCGGGGGCAACAGGACCAAGACUCCCGGUCCAGGAGCUCAGUCUGCUCUCAGAGCUCUGGCUCGCUCUGGGAUGAAGAUCGGACGCAUCGAGGAUGUGACUCCGAUCCCGUCAGACUCCACCAGGAGGAAGGGUGGUCGCCGUGGUCGCCGUCUGUAACCUGACCCCCCCACGUCUCCAUGACAACAAUAAAAACGUUAAAGUCCA